AUGACCAUCUUUGAAAGAGGUUGUAUUGGUCGAAACUUUGAGGGGAUGCAAACAAGAGGAGAUGGGACAGGAAGAAGGGGACACUUGAAAGAGUAUAAUUUAGAUGUAAGUGCAGCACUCCUGUACUGCAUAACUGAGACUGUUGGUCUGAAUUUUUAUACAGCUGCCAGGAGUCAAGAUUUGGUUCCUUGUAGAAUCUGUGGAAGACAGUUUGCACAAGAUGCUCUGAUGAGGCAUGAGCCCAUUUGCAAGAAAGUCUUCAACAAGAAGCGCAAGCCCUUCAAUUCUUUUAAACAGAGGGUGCAGGGAACUGAUAUCGGAACUGUGAAGAGGCAGCCCCUGCUGAAGAAUCAGCCGGUGAAGAAAUCUAACUGGAGGCAGCACCAUGCAGAUUUUAUUAAUGCCAUUCAGUCAGCCAAACAAGUGACGAAAGCUAUGCAAGAAGGUCGUCCUCUUCCUCCUCCUCCCCCACCAAGCAUCAAUCCAGACUAUAUUCAGUGUCCAUUCUGCUUGAGAAGAUUCAACGAGGCUGCAGCAGCAAAGCACAUCAAAUUUUGUGAAGAACAAGCUACUCGCCGCGCCAUUGCCGCCAAGAUCACCAAACAGCCUCUGGGCAAACAACCAGUGACUCAGAGAAAAAAACCAACUGUCACACCUCUGUUACCACAUGAGAAGAGAAUACAAAAGGUUGAUAACACAGAAAAAUCUACUCCAGAGACUCCUCAGGAAACACUGCAAAAAAGCAGAAAACCUUUGGGAGUGUCUCCUGUAAAAAAAUCUGCUGGACAAUUUGGGUAAGGAAUACUCUUCUUUUUUAAAUUUUUUAUUUUAUUUCUACAGACAUCUUUAGCAAGUCUCGUGCUCUCCUGCACUCUACACAGAGUUCCUAUAUGAACAGUGUAUGAACUCUUAGGGUUACCAUGCAGGGCUCACAGACCAUCAACAGACAUCUGUUGAUCAUACCACCAUUUUCAGGGCUUAGCUCUGACCCUCUGGGCUGAAAGGCCUGGGGAGAAGGCAUCUUUCUGUAGCAUCAUGACUGAGUCCAAGCACCAUCCAGACUGUGGACAGUGCAGCCUACGUGCAGGCUGGACGGAACAGGAGAUGGGUGGACUAAUCAGCAAAGCAGAGGUUAGGAAGUCCCCUGGCCUCCUUGCUAUCAGGUGGCAGAUUCUGAGUAUGAUUUCAGUACUGAGGAAGGAGGUAUCAGAAAAAUGGCUGAAGGAGCUGCAAAUCUCUCUAAGGAUGAUUUAAUCUAAAAGGUAAUGACAAAAGCAAGCAGUUCCUUGACCUGUGUAACACUUACAGAUUGUCCUUGAGCUAACUGAAAAAUUCUGUUUCCUAAAGUUGACUUCACUCACUUAAAAACAUUACGAGUUUAACCUUUGUGUGAUGGUUUUGUGAAAAUAAAAAGUGCAACAAACACCUGAGAAGAGGCAAGAAAACCUCUGGAGGGAGUAACGUUGUGUUGUUCAUAAAAACUUAAAUGCCAAAUGUUUACACAAGAUAUUGAAGGGAAUCAGCCCUCCAAGAUAAUACUUAAAAGUAAGCCUUUUUAUAUUAUUGCUUUGAUUUAAUCAUCUUAGCUAAAAGGGAGUUACGUGUUUCAGUGUAAAUAACCAGUAUGUGGCUUGUUGCUGCUUUCAGACAGCAGACACAGACCAGAAGAUAGAGUGGCUGCCUGCCAGGGACACAUUAAGGUGUUUUGCAGAAGCUCUAUGGGCCUUAACUGUGUGAUCCUCCAGCACCUCCUUCUACCCCAAGUGCUGCAGCUCAGUCUGUUUUGAUGCAGUGGUAAUAAUACCACGGGUACCAUCUCCAAUUAAAAAUAAGAAUAAUAAUGGAAGUUCUCUGUCUUCUUUAUUUUUCCCUUGGCCAUAAAGCUUUUAGGUUGUCCUUUUUAAAGCUGUGAGAUCAUCCGUAUGAGUUGCCAAAAUCUAAUUAAA